AUGUACUCUUAUUACGGGUUGAGUGCGUUGGGAGCAGAGUACAAAAAGUAUCUUUGGUGGAAGAAGUACGUCACUACUCUCCAAAUGAGCCAAUUCGCCAUCAUUCUCAUUCACAUCGCAAACAUCAUGGUCCGCUUUCCGAAUUGCAGCUACCCAGGUCCAUUCAAAUUGACGAUCACACUCUAUGGAAUCCUCUUUCUCUACCUAUUCGCUGAUUUCUGGGUUCAAGCUUACUCAAAGCCGAAGAAGAAUAAGCAAAAGUACAAUUAG